AUGGAUUUAACUACACAAAAUGGUAAUAAUAACAAUGAUUCACUUUUGGAUACAUCAGAAAUGGGUGAUGAAGACCUUGAAUCAAUGCGUAAACGUAUAAGAGAAAUGGAAGAAGAAGCUGAAAAAUUAAAACAAAUGCAACUUGAAGUAGAAAAACAAAUGCAAUUACCCAGUACACCGGGUACACCUACAUUUCCAACAAUUGAAGAAAAAAUGGAAGCUGACCAACGGUCAGUUUAUGUUGGAAAUGUUGAUUAUUCAGCAACAGCACAAGAACUUGAAAAUCAUUUUCAUGGUUGUGGUUCUAUUCAUAGAGUUACUAUUUUAUGCGAUAAAUUUACUGGACAACCAAAAGGCUUUGCUUAUGUUGAAUUUGCCGAUAAAGAUUCUGUACAGACUUCUCUUGCUCUUGAUGAUUCAUUAUUUAAAGGACGCCAGAUUAAAGUAACUGAAAAACGAACUAAUCGUCCUGGUGUAUCAACAACUGAUCGACCUCCUCGUGGUGCACUACGUGGUUUUGGACGUGGUCGAUUUCCACGUGGUGCUGCUUAUAUGCCAUUUAUAGCAGCAACUUAUCGAGGUCGUAUUGCUCGACCAUUUUUUCGUGGUCGUGGUCGAUCAAGUUACUUUUUUUCACCAUAUUAA